GUUGUCGUUUAUACUCGAAUAAACAUUAGUUUUAUCAUUCUUUCAUAUGAAACGAUACAGAUAUUUAACAUUGUAAAUAACUAGUAAACAAUAAAUGCUCAUAAGUAAUUUAUCUACAAAAAUGCGGUUAUGAGGCAACUGGAUUAGAUUCUGAAAAUUCUCCCGUCAAACAGGUGUUAUUGAAUGAAUGUGUGCUACAGUUCCCAUCGUAAUUAUUUAUUUAUGGUGUUGUGAAUAAUACAAGUGUAUCGAUCAAAGUAACGGAGGGUAUCCAAUAGCAAGGAGCUUGUAUAGUUACGUGGAGGCCUAGAACGAGCGAACUCGUUGGGUGAUAAGGAAGACGCCAACAGCUACAAUUCUUGUUUACACUAUGUACCCCAGCAGGAAAAUCUGCGUUCUCUUCAGAUAAGAAUGUAGAGGUGGCACCAUGCCCGAAGGUCAUCACAGGUUACACAUUAUGAUAUUGGAAUCGAGGUGAGAGUGCGCCGUGGCGAGCAUGCCGCACCAGUACGGCGCGGGCGCGGGCGGCAUGGGCGGGGGCCCGCCGUCGCCGCCGCCGCAGCACGGCGCGCUGUACCCGCGCUACGCCGCCGCCGCGGGCCCCGGCGCCGGCGCCUACCGCCCCGAGGAGCGCAGGCUCACACGCGAAGCCAUGGAGCGCUACUUGCGCGACCGCUCCGACAUGGUGGUAGUCAUCCUCCACGCCAAAGUUGCUCAGAAGUCAUACGGUAACGAGAAGCGGUUCUUCUGCCCUCCUCCUUGUAUAUAUUUAUUCGGCGACGGCUGGCGACUGCGACGCGAGCGUAUGCUGCGCGAAGGCGAAACGGAGCAGGCCUCCCAGCUGUGUGCGUUCAUAGGAAUAGGCAACUCUGACCAGGACAUGCAGCAGCUAGAUUUAAACAAUGGAAAGCAAUACUGUGCCGCCAAAACCUUGUACAUAUCAGACUCGGACAAGCGUAAACAUUUUAUGCUCUCCGUUAAAAUGUUCUAUGGCAACGGUCAUGACAUUGGUAUAUUUAAUAGUAAAAGAAUAAAAGUUAUAUCUAAGCCUUCUAAGAAGAAACAGUCAUUGAAAAAUGCAGAUUUAUGUAUCGCUAGUGGAACUAAGGUAGCUUUAUUUAAUAGAUUGAGGUCACAAACUGUGUCAACAAGGUACCUCCAUGUUGAGAAUGGCAAUUUUCAUGCAUCUUCCACACAGUGGGGCGCAUUCACAAUACACUUGUUAGAUGACAAUGAGAGUGAGUCAGAGGAGUUUGCAGUGAGGGAUGGAUAUGUCCACUACGGGUCCACUGUGAAGCUUGUGUGCUCUGUGACAGGCAUGGCUCUACCAAGACUGAUAAUAAGGAAGGUUGACAAGCAAAUGGCUCUCCUAGAAGCAGAUGACCCUGUAUCCCAGCUCCACAAAUGUGCAUUCUACAUGAAAGACACUGAGCGCAUGUACUUGUGUCUCUCUCAAGAGAGGAUCAUACAGUUCCAAGCCACCCCGUGCCCCAAAGAACAGAAUAAAGAGAUGAUCAAUGAUGGAGCCUGCUGGACAAUCAUAUCUACUGAUAAGGCUGAAUAUCAAUUUUACGAAGGAAUGGGUCCUGUCAGAUCGCCCGUAACGCCAGUGCCUUUGGUCCACUCUCUGAAUCUCAACGGCGGGGGAGACGUAGCAAUGCUGGAGCUAGCUGGAGACAACUUCACGCCGUCCCUGCAAGUUUGGUUCGGAGACGUGGAGGCGGAGACCAUGUACCGUUGUGCGGAGUCCAUGCUCUGCGUCGUUCCCGACAUCUCGCAGUUCAGGGGACAGUGGUUGUGGGUGCGGCAACCUACUCAGGUGCCAGUAUCUCUGGUCAGAAACGACGGCAUAAUCUACGCGACUGGUCUAACCUUCACGUACACGCCGGAGCCAGGUCCUCGGCCAACGUGCCCGCCCGUCGAUGACGUCAUGCGACCAGAACACGCGUGGCACGAUGCGCAUAGACUGCCAGACGCGCUGCAAUAGCGUGACAGGAAGUUGUCUGAUGUACGGCCGAAAAAACAAGUGCGUGUAUUUUUAGUUUCUGAGACGCAUGUAUUCAAAAAGACACUUAAUACCAGUCCAUAGAUCAAGUGUCGAUGCAUGUACCUUUUUCCACGCGCAUGCAAACUGUGGCAUCAACUCCCAUCGGCGCUGUUCUCACCAGAUUACAACAUGGGUUUAUUCAAAGAGGCGGACCAAAACAUUCCUGAAAGGC